AUGGACGAUAUAGAAGAAUAAUUAAAGCAAUUACAAUUAUCUAUUUAAAAUGCUCCAGAUGAUAUAAAGAUGGCUAUCUAAGGAAAAAAAUAAAUUUUGCAAUAAGGUUUAGUAUCAAUAAGCACAACUAAUAAAGCAGAUUAUAUAAGAAUUUCAAUCGAAACACCAGACCUUGACGAACGUAACCCUUGUGAUGUGGUAUGCGUUUUAGAUAUUUCCGGUUCUAUGGCUACUGAAGCCUAAGUUAAAAACGCAACUUCAGAUAUAAAGGAAAGUCAUGGAUUAAGUUAUCUUGAUUUAUUAAAACAUGCUGUAAAAACAACUAUAACUAACUUGGAUGAAAAAGAUAGAUUUUGUUUAAUUAGUUAUAGUGAUGAUGCUCGUGUAGAAUUUAAGUUAGACUAUAUGAUUGAAUAAAAUAAAAACUUAGCCAUAACUGCAACUGAAAAUCUAAGAGAUGAAGGUAGUACCAAUAUAUGGGCUGGGCUUAACUGUGCUCUUGAUAUAUUAAAAAAUAAUGAAAUUAAAUCUUAACAUUAAGCUAUCAUUUUGUUGACUGAUGGGGAACCUAAUGUAUUCCCUCCAUCUGGAUUAAUUCCAUAAUUGGAAAAAUAUAAAUCUAAAAAUAAAAAUUUACCUUAAAUCAAUACAUUCGCACUAGGAAAGGCUAUUAAUACUGAUUUAUUAGAUUCAUAUGCGAAUAUAGGAGAAGGUUAGUAUUGCUUCAUUCCUUGCCCAGGAUUUAUUGGCACUAUUUUUGUAAAUUCUCUUAGUAAUAUUCUAACUACAACAGUUAGUAAAUGUGAAUUAUCAAUUAAUACUCUAAAUGGGUGCAAAAUAGAGAAAAUAUUAGGCGGAAUUAAUCUAAUUAAUAAUACUACUAUUUGUAUGGGAGAUAUUAAAUAAGGAUAACCUAGGGAUUGCUUAUUAAAAAUGAAAUUCCCUGAUGGUCUGAGAGAAUAAAGCUUACCUUUUAUGGAUUUACAGGUAAAGUAUUUUGAUUAUAAAACCUAAGGCUUAAAAAUAGGAGAAGUUAAAGAUGUAACUUUAUUAUAGAAUGAAGAUCCUCUUAUAGACGCUUCUUAUUGCAGGUUAACUUUUUGCGAAAGAGUUAAAGAUGCAGUUUAAAAAAUGAAAGAUAAAAAAUAAGAAUAGGCUUAAAAAAUUAUUGCCGAUUUAAAAUUGGAAUUCCAAGAUAUUUUAAAAUAAUUAGAAGAUUAAGAAAAUAUAAUUAAAGAUAAAGAAGAAAAGUAAUAUUGGUUAUUCAGAAAUAGAUAAGCCCAGAAAUUUAUUAGAAAUAUAAUUAAAGAUGUAGAAAAAGAAGUAACGCUAGCAGUAAAAAGAGAAGAAUCAUUUAAACAUUGGGGAUAACACUUUUUGCCGUCUUUGAUACAUUGCCAUUUAAAACAAUAAUGUAAUAAUUUUAUGGAUCCAGGAAUACAAGGAUAUGGAGGAAAAUUUUUCUAAUAAAUUAAAGAUUAAGUAGAAGAAACUUUUUUAAAAUUACCUCCUCCAAAGCCUAGCAAAAAAUAAUAAGAAAACAAUAAUUAAUAAUAAAUGCAAGUAAAACUAAAUGAUUAAUAGUAAUAAUAAGAUUAAAUUGAUAUGAAUUAAUAUUAUAAUUGUGGAGGCGGUUGCUUUGAAGGGAAUUGUUUAGUGUAUAUGUUUGAUAAUAGCUUUGUUAAAGUAAAAGAUGUUAGAAAAGGUUUUAAAAUAAAAGCUUAAGAUGGUUAAAUUCACACUGUAAUAGCUGUUAUUAAAAUAUUAUUCGAACAUGGAUAAAUUCCUUUAGUUUAAUUAAAAGAAGGGUUAUUAAUCACUCCAAGACAUCCUAUAUUAAUCAAUGGAAAAUGGAUUAAACCUGAUUAAAUUGAAAAAGCCUAAUUAAUUAAAUGUGAUAGUGUUUAUAAUUUUGUUUUAGAUAAAGGACAUAAUAUUUUAAUAAAUAAUGUUACUUGUACUACUUUUGGACAUGGAUUUAAAGGAGAAAAUGUUCAUCAUGAUUACUUUGGAACUAAUAAAAUAAUAAGUGAUUUGAAAAAAUUAAAAGGAUUCCAAAAUGGUUUUGUUGAAAUUUAUAAUAAAUAGUUUUUAAGGGAUUAAUUUUCUUAGAAGACAUACGGAUUGAAAGAUAUUGAGUGA